AUGAAGAGACGUUCCUGGUCAGCGGCGGUCGUCCUCGGGGCCCUUUACGUGCCAUCACUUCAAACCCCCGGCAUGCCGACAGACACAGACAUACACCUUAUCUUCUUUCAAAGGCCCUGCGUCCGCUUGAAGCUCACCGCCACCACCGCUAUCCUACCCUCUCUACAGCCCGUCGACGCAUACUCGACUGGGGUACCCGAGAGCGUGUGUGAGCUGGGUCUGAUCCCUCGCUCACACGCCCCUCUGGAGACGCGCGAGCUCUCGGCAGUUCCCUUCAACAUUAGCCUCCAAGGCCUCAACACACACUUUAUCAUCGACGCCUACCACCCAGACACAACCUAUGACCUCAACCUGCGCUCCUUGACGCGUGAGCAACUCAUGUCAGCCUGGCUCAUCCACGAUCUCUCCGGCUUUCCCAGCUUCCGUGAAGCCAAUCGCACCGAUCCCGAUGCUGAGUUCCCCGAUCUCGUCUCCAACUAUCUUGCACCAGCGGAUCAAUUGCGCUGCAAUGGAUCAGCUGUUUCACAUCGCGCCGAACCCGGGUUCUUGGAUCGAUCGCGCAUGUUUCAAUGGCUUCGCUUCUCCGUGCGCAGCCCUCCCGCGACCGAGGCGCCAGAACUGUGGCGCUUUCGCAUCACCAUGAUGUUUAUGCGUCCACAAGGCCUCGGCUAUGAACUAACGCCCAUCAAUGCCACCACCAAGCUACCCCUUAACCAAGACAGUUUCAUUGUCAAGUUUGUCGUGCCGCGCUAUCGAGCCCCAGCUGCCCCGACAUGCCUGACAGAGACUUCUUUGGUCUGCACCGUCUUGAAUACUCGACGCCGAUGCGACGCCGUCAAGCUGGCUCGCUGCUCGGGCCGCGUCCAAGCUGCCACCGAGCUGAAUGACACGGUACUUUUCGGAACAGCUGACCAUAUUGUGGAGACCGACCCCACCAUGACCAGUGUUCAUCGCACCACCACCCACGACCUGGGCCUGGUGCAACAUAUUGACGUGGUGGACCAGAACGACCCAUUCGCCUGUGGCUUAGGUCAAGGGGUUCCAAGAUGUCGCAACCUCCAGCUCAACUCAUCCGACCUAGCGCUUGCCAACCCCUCUUGGAUGGGAACAAGCGUCGUUCCCCGCAUGGCCAAUUACACGGGUGCCCUCCUUCGAAAAGGUGACCGCCUUUUUGUCGGACAUAGCCUCAACGAGGUGCCCGGCUAUCGAAACCCGGCCACGGUACUUGGCGAAGUUCGCAUGCAGGAUCGCUACACCAACUGGGUGUACAACUACAGCUUCAAGGACUCGUCCUCCACCUACCUCUUCAACAAUCUUCAUCGCUCCAUCAACACGCAGGCCGAUACACGUGGAGGGUGGAUCUAUCAACCGGGAUCAACCACACCUUGGCGAAUGUCCAACUUCCACGACAUCUGGGCGCGCAACGGCUACGUGUACACCAUCAGCACACUUUUUGACAAUCUGUACCAAGUCUAUCGCAACAUUGCCACCCGCGUCUGCGAGGAUGAGGGGUCAGCCGGCCCACCACGCGGUAACUACUACCGCAGUUUUGUGCGCACCGACGUGGUGUGUGCCAGCCCGGAUGGGUCCUUCACCCUGGAUACGCUGGUGUCUGCCCAUGCUGCUCGCCAAGAGCCCGGUGCUGGUGUCGACCCCAACGUCUACACCCUUUUCACUGGGCCCACAGGAUUUGGUAUUUGCGCGUUCAACUACACGAACCGUAGCGGCAUUGACUACGAGAUGGCGUAUCGCAUUGACACGACUGCCAACCCCAGUUUCCGGCUCGGCCUCUUUGAUGCCGUGCCCUUCAGCUGCGACCGUGACGACGUGCUUGCUCUCAAUUUGUACCGGCUUCGCAAUGAAGGGAUGGACUCGGACCCCCUCCGCGAUGGCUACGUUGGUUCCCACCCACCCCUCUUCUUUGAAAAAACAGCCAAUAAGCCGCUCAAGUUGGCGACCAUGACCCUACCCAUGCCCGGAAAUGGCUUCCUGGAUCUGGUCGCUGUUCUCUUCAACAACGGUCGACUCAACCGUUAUGCACUCUCCAAUGCCCGCGACGCUCUCCGCCUUUAUGAGUCUACCGACCUAUCGCUGACAGGGACGCCAAUGUCUUUGCAGGCCCUGCCCAAGCUACGCCGCUUGCUGGUUUCCAGCGACGAAGAAAUACUCAACCUGCCGUUUGCUGGCUGCGAGCGCCAUGAUACGUGCAAUGAUUGCAUGCACAGCCUGCACCCGGCGUGUGGCUGGUGCUCGACCACUGCUACGUGCGCCACGUUUGAGGACUGCCAGCACAACAACAGUGCCUGGCGUUUGGCUCAAGCGAGUGCCGACGGCACCUGCCCCGCCACAUUUGAUCAAAUCACGGUUGCAGUACAAGAGCGCGGUAACACGUCGCUCCUUGUGCAUUACGAGGCCGGCUUUGCCGCUGCAGGCGCCGAUUCCUCUGCAACAGAUGUACACGUCCGCAGCUCAAGUAUCUUGGUCAACGGAAUGGUUUGGACAUCUGUCAGCUGGAAUCCCAACGCCAGUACUGCCAGUGGCACCGCACUGGUCUCAAAUCUGCAACCCGCUUUGACCUAUCAGCUGCAAGUGGAUCUGCACACCAACGGCGGUGUGGUGAGAGGAGAAACGGUGAAUGCCCGGACCCGCAUGGGUCGUCCAUCAACGCCAUUAAACCUGACCGCCACGGCGAUAUCCGCAACGGGCAUCACAUGGUCAUGGCGUCCACCGCUUCAACCGCGUGGCAACCUCAGUCACUACGACCUUUGGCGCAACACUACGCGUCUGUGCUGCGCCGAUGCGGACACGACGACGUUUACUGACUCAGGGCUGACACCCUACACCCAUUAUGUGUACUCGCUAACCGCAAGCACAGUGGACGAGCAAGUUGAACUCACAAGCCCCAGUGCCGUGGCUUACAUCCAAACGCUGACCGCCGUGCCUCCACAAGCCGCUGUUCCAGUCGUAUCUGCCAUCACUUCAUCAUCUGCUAUUCUGGCGUGGAACAUGACUGCGGGGAUCAAUGGUCCCAUCACCAGUCAUGAAGUCUAUCUCAACAGCACACUCGUGUUCUCAUCGGCCCUUGACCCCACGGCUACAUCCUAUUCUCUGGCUGGCUUGACAGCGCAGACAGUCUAUGCUGCCACAAUCGUCGCCCGCACAACUGCCGGUCCCGGGCUGCCAUCCAGUGCCGCCAUUUUUACCACGCUGCCCAAGGCCUUGCCGCAGGUCACCAACAUCUCGGUCGCCGACUCAGCGGAAGGUGCCAAGGUUCGUAGUGCUACUCGACCAGAUGCUCCGAGUCUGCGCAAGAACAUUGUCUGGGUGUCGCCGGACCCUUCUUUGAGCUCGGCCGUAGCGUUCGAGUAUCGGAUACGUUUGGUGGGUUUAAAGCAACAAGGGCCGCUGAGCCCACCUGUGAGCCUGGCGAGUGAGCCUAGCGUGCCUUUGGCACCAGCUGCGCCCUACCUGGUGGGCACCGUCGUGCAGGGCAAUGGCGUCCUGGCUUGGAAUGCCACAGUGUGCGGCCUUGUGCGCUAUGUGCUUCUACAACGCCUCAAUGGAGGUGACUGGACGGAGGUCUGCUGCACCGGUUUGAAUCGGUUGCGUCCGCUGUACGAGUUUUCUGGGCUGGCCUUGGGAGCGGGCGUCGAGUGGGCCCUGCGACUUCAAGUUGAACGCUUUGCAGUGCUCGAGUCAUCGCCCACUAGUAUCGCACUUGCCAUGACCCUUCCUGACGUACCAACCCAAGGGUAUGGUGCCUGGACUAAUUUCUUUACCGUUCAGACGGCGCCUGCGCCGCCCUUGGACGUUCGCCCUCCAGAACUGGUGGCGACGGGUCCCUAUACGCUCGAGUUCCGCGUGCCGUUGGUAUCAGAAACGAGGGGCCCCAUUCUCCUGCGCCGCGUGGAUCUGUAUGACGAUGACCUGGAUCAGGUUAUUGCAAGCGUGACUUUGGAUGCCACUCGCAAUGCCUACUUUGAACAACUCGAAGCGGCGCACGGCUACUAUACACGAUUCGUUGUGGCGGUGGAUGCACUGGGCGUGCAAGCAACAACUAGUGGCAACUCUAUUGUCGCCUACACCGAGUACGACCGGACAAGCCGGCCCUUGGAGUCCAGCAUCGUGUCAUACAAACUCGAUCGUGCCUUCAGCGAGACCCUCUAUGACGAAGCCAGCGGAGCCUUUUCAGCUUUGGCGCACGAAGUGAACCAGUCCAUCACGGCGCUAUUCUCAUCCACGAUUGGAGACCAACACGUGCGUCAAGUACGUUUCAAGCCAGGCAGCAUUGUAGUGGGCGUUCUUCUAGAAACAAUGGCUGGGCCACCGCUAGAGACAGUUUUGACUCAGCUUCGGGCAGCAAUCAGUGAUGGGUCCCUCCAGAACGACAUCAAUACAGGCAGCUAUGCACGGCUGCCAGACGACACGAAUCUUGAGACUGCUUUUGGUGCACCAACAACCACGCCCGCGACUGUGCCUACGACUGCAUCAACUUCAACUACCACAAAUGUUCCUACUUCACGUUCUGACUUGCCCUCAGAUUCCUCAACUUCCAAAAGCGCGACCUCGGCAUCAGAGCCUGAAUCCACCGCUACGGCGACGACAACAACAGUCGCCGCCACCACGACUACUACAACUACUACAACAACUACAACUACUACUACUACUACUACUACUACGACAACUACUACACCGAUGCCUUCAACCAGCUCAAUACCCAGCCAGAGCGGAACCACCUCAGCAGUUGAUACGACGUCACUACCAAUGGGCAACGGGCAAACAGCGGGUAGCCAGAGCUCGCAGGCUGGCCUUGGCGGGCCUGCAGCCAUUGCUGUGAUUUGCAGCUUGGCUGUGGCCAUUCUCAUCUUGCUUGUGGUCCUGCUGGCUCAACGUCAACGUCUGAAACAAGCUACCUCCAAGGCGGGAUUUGCGGCCAACUUCACGUACACACCCUCAGCUUCGCCAGAGAGACCAUCGUCCAUCGCGAUGGCUCACUUUGGGUCCGAGCCUUCCAUGGACUUGGUUGAGGAGCAGGCUGAUUCGGGAUAUCUCCGCCUGGGAGGUGCUGAUGAGAGCUUGCACGAGGAGGAGGGAAAUGCCAAUCACGACCAGCCCUACAUUCGCUCUGGCUCGCGCUCUUCUGUUCUCUCCAACAAUUCUUUGCUAGAGGACAUUGCUCUCACGGAACAGAAGCUCAACCAAGUUCAUCGUAUGCGGGCAAGCGGGCAAAUGGAUAUCGCAUCCGUUGACUUUUCGGCAUCUAGCACAAUGAAGAGUCACUACCACCGCAAGUAA